CUCAGGACCACAUCUAGACAUACAACACUCGAGAUCACGAGAAAACCCAUGCGUCUUUCUAUUCUGCUCUGGAGAACGCUUAGUGUCUCCGCUGCGUGCGACCCAAUUGGAAGCAAUGGCAUGCUCAUCACCAAACGGCCCCUCUUUCACAUACGGAUUACCGGUCGUGAGGAGAACCCUCCUGCCGGAGCAACUCCAUGAACACGAUGUGAUUCGGUGGUUCAGGGUCUCUCAACCCCUCAGAGUCCAUGAAAUCAACAGAUUGAGUAUCCGCGUAGCUGAAAGAUAGGGAUUCAUAAAAGAGCUUCCUUCUGCUCUCUGUGUCCAAGAACACAUUCGUUCUGCACGCUCGCUCUUCUCCUACAUUUGCUCAAUCUUCAGUAGCCAGCCGACAUGUCAGGCUGCUCGCUCGUUGCCGCGGGUCUGCCGUCCCUCAUUGGGUCGGCCACCCCAACCUUCAGCUAUGAUCAAGCCAAGCAUAGCUUUGGAUUGGGCGACAACUUCGGUAUUCAAAUGACUUAUAUGUCUGGUACUUCUACCUGUUACCAAGGAACUAAGCCUACAUUCACACCCAUCAUUUCCAACCCGUUGCUAUUCUACACCCGCACCUGCUCCUACCAGACCCAGGGAGUGCCGGCCACCUACACAGGCAUCUUCUGUCAGAAUGCCGACCUUUUCGACUGGGUCAACAUAGGUCGUUACACGAUCGACAACUAUGCGUUUCUUAACCCGUUCGCUGCCACCCCCCGGGCCUUCACUGCUGCGUUCGGCGACCAGCCUUCCCCAAGCACUGUCGCUACAAGCUUUGUUCAGACGACUUCGACUGCUACCAACACUGUGUUUGCGCCUGUUAGGCCUGCGGCGACUACUACAGUCUCUUCCGCCUCUGCCACCAGCACACAGACAAACAUCGCCACUGUUACAUUCUCGGUCACUAGUGCUAUCACACAGACCUUCACUGUCUGCCCGACAUCCAUUCGACCGAGUUCCUCUAGCUCGUCUCCGGCACUCAUUGUACCAUCGUCUUCCCGCUCAGCCUCUCUCUCGGUUAUACCAUCAUCGUCGGCACAAGUGUCUACUACCACCACGGUCGUCAUCUCGACAGUUACGCCAACGCCUAGCUCAAUUUCUUCACCCUUCUCCAUCCCGUCACCAAGCUCAUUUUCUUCGCCUUCCCCCAUUCCAUCGCCAAGUUCAUCUGCUUCGCCUACUCCUAUCCCAUCGCCGAGCUCGUCCUCAACCGCGUCUUCUAUUCCGUCGCCAAGCUCAUCUGCCGCACCAGCCCCGAGUUCAUCUUCUACACCCUCCCCCAUCCCUCCGCCCAGCUCAGCUUCUGUCGUCACCACCACAGUGGUAAGCGUCACUACGACUACUCCAUCGAGCUUCUCUUCCAUCGUGUCGCCCUCGCCCGCUUCUUCCAGCUCAUCAACUUCACCGUCUCCUAUUCCAUCGUUCUCUUCAGCCUCCGUCGCUACCACCACUGUCGUAAGUGUGACUACGGUUGCUCCGACACCGAGCUCCACACCGGCCGCAUCAUCCUCGCCUGCUUCUUCUAGCUCAUCUGUACGCCCAUCAUCCAGCUCUGCUUCCUCGAGCCCUGCAUCAAGCCCGGCUUCUUCAAGCGCUGCGUCGAGCUCAGCAGCUUUCACCCCUGCUUCGAGCUCUGCUUCUUCAAGCCCUGUAUCGAGCCCAGCUUCUUCAAGCCGUGUUUCCAGCCCUGCUUCCUCAAGCCCCGCUUCAAGCUCUGUCACCCCCACUUCAGCCAGCCCAUCGCCAUCUGCGCCUGGUUUGUCCUGCCCCGCGAGCGAUGGUGCGACGUUCACCACCCCUCAAGGGGACUUCGUCGUCGAGUGCUUCAUCGACCGUACCAACUUCGAUAUCGGUGUUGCACCAGGCAACCCUGCGGACUACGAGCAGUGUAUCCAAGCCUGCGGAAGCACUUCUGGCUGCCAAGCUGUUUCAUACCUGCCAAAUGGCCCUUGUUACCUGAAGAGCGGUCUUGGUGCACCCGGGUCCAAUGGUGGUGUCUGGGGUGCUAGGAUUGCAUCAGUCUCUGUAUCUUCAUCUUCUUCGAUGGUCACUUCUUCUGCAGGCGCUUCCUCUCAGUCGGUAGCAACAACCACAGUUGUCAGCACUAAAGUCGUCACCGCCAGUUCCUCUUCCAGCCCUGCUGCCAGUUCAGGCGCUAGUGUUUCUUGCCCUGGCUCCAACGGCUCUACUGUCACUGCCAGCGGCAUGCAGUAUCUGGUCGAGUGCGGUGCCGACUACAUGGGUGGCGAUAUUGCAGGCCCAAUGAGCCCGACCUACCCUAGCUCCUACGAGGGCUGCUUGGCAGACUGCUCUACCACUUCAGGCUGUGUCGCCGCCAGCUAUGUCAUUAACGGUCCUUGCUACCUGAAGAGCGCAGCCAACAGUGCCGGUUCGAACAGCAACAUUAUUGGUGGAAGACUGGUCCGCAUCGUCUCAACCUCAGCGGCGCCCGCUUCCUCGACGGCACCUGCUUCCUCGUCUGCUGUUGCAUCCUCGCCUGCGGCUGUCUCUUCGUCUGUGGCUGUCUCUUCAUCUGCGGUUGUCUCCUCGUCUACGGCUAUCUCCUCAUCUGCGGCCCCCUCCUCGUCUAUAGUUACCUCAUCUCGCAUCUCUUCUUCUAUCUCCCCCUCCUUUUCUUCAGCAGCAACAAGCUCGGCUCCAGUCACUUCAGCUGCUCCAGCUCCCGGGCCCUCCACCGUUACUGUGACCACUACGGUCUCCAACACAGCAUACCAGUGCGCAUGCACACCUGCUAGCGUCUUCACUACAUCGUCGAGCCCUACAUCAUCGAGCGCUCCUGCUGCGAGCCCAACAGGCGCUACUAGCUGCCCUGGUUCAAAUGGCUCAAUGGUCACGACUUCAUGUGGCGCGGUAUAUGCUGUCGAGUGCAACUCUGACCGUUUCGGCAAUGACCUUGAAAAUGGCCUCGUAUACACCGACACGUACGAGCAAUGUCUUCAAGCCUGUGACAACACGACUGGCUGUGUCAAUGUCUCCUGGGUCAUUGGAAAGCCUGGUGCUUGUUACAUGAAGGGCAGCAUCGGUGACGUCCGCACUAACUCGAAUAUCAUCGGAGGACGCAAGCUCUCCGGCUGCUCCACCUUCAAGCUCCACCGCAAGCACGUUGUAAAGCGUGCCGGUUUCUAUGGCCCUGAUUCCACGUUCAUUCAGGCUCAAGUCACUGCAACUUCGACUGCUACUUCCAGGACUACCGUUACCACUACCUCGACACCCAUCUCCGGUACCGCUACACAGACGGUUUUCACGCUUGCCUCUGCCACCAUCAUCUCCACCACAAGCGUGCCUACCACCGUCUUCAACACCUUCAGCGUGACCACGUGCCCGACUGCUUCGCCCACACUCUGAGCACUGGGAUCUCGCUCCUGACGUAUGCCGACAUUGUCAAAUGGAUCUCACUGGUCAACGCUAGGCAAGCCAAUCGCAGUGCUUGUCUUUACACGAUAAUUUCAACUAUUGUCGCUCUUUAACACACGCAUUGGCACUCUUCGGUGUCUGCACGGGGUGUGUCUCAAUCAUAGAAAUGA